AUGACAACGAACAAUGAUGUUAAUGAGAAUCUGUUAUGCGGUGGCGAAGAUAUAUCGGCACUUGUAGUUGAUUUGGGGUUCAGUACAUCUAAAAUAGGACAUAAUCAAGAAGACACACCAAGAAUAUUUUUGAAUAGUAUAUGUGGAGAGUGUAUAUUUGAAGAGGGCGUGAUGGGUAUAAACGGAGGUGCAAAUAAUGAUAAUGUUAUUUGUAGUAAUGGUAUUGGUAAUGCCCAUGGCAGCAAUAGUAGCAGUAGUAGUAGAAGUGGAAGAAGGGAAAGAAGCGAAAGGAGUGGUACAGUUGGCGUACCUGGCAUUGGUGGAAGAGGCCGCAGUAGAAAUAGAGGGAUAAAUGAUCUUAUGUUUCCCCUAAAUUUGUAUAACCGAAAAGAACAUGUACGAGUGAAACCCCUAUUUUGUCGAGACCAAUAUAAUAAUGUAAGUCUUAAUAGUGAUGUAUUUGAAAAAAUGUUAGAGUAUGCUAUUGAAGGGGUAGAAGUACAAAGAGUAUAUGAAUGUACAGAUGAAGUUAUAGAUUCUAUUAAAUUAGGUGGGUUAAAUUUAAAUUUUGAAGAACAUCCAAUGUUGUUAUCAGAAUCAAAUAUACAUCAUAAUAAAAUAAGAGAAGAAAUGACUGAAAUUUUGUUUGAAAAGUAUAACAUUCCAGCAUUAUAUUUUGCAAAAAAGGCAAAAUUGACAUCUUUCAGUUUAGGUAGAUCAAAUUCAUUAGUUAUUGAUAUAGGUUUUAGUUCAUUAGAUAUUAAUCCAGUAUAUGAAGGAUAUGUAUUACAAAAAAAUUCUUUAGAAUAUAACAUAGGUGGUAAUUAUUUUGAUAAAUUAAUCUAUGAAACAUUAAAAAAAGAUCAUAUCAAUAUUAUUCCCUAUUUCUGUACUAGUUAUAAUAAAUAUAAUAUGUCUUCUGACUUAUUUAAAAACAUUCAUAGUUCAUAUAGAGAAGAAGCCAUAUUAGAUAUCGUUCGUUAUAUGAAGGAAACUGUUUGUAGAAUUCGAGUAAACAAUGAUACAAACCUUGGUACCAGGGGCGCGAAUGCCACUGCUAAAAGCAGUGCUAUUGCUGCUAGUAGUACGAAUGUACAUAGUAGUACUAACACUGCUAACAUUAUUAAUAAUACUUCUCUCAAUGCUAACGCAUCUGACCUUAUCACGGCUGCGGGAAGUGCCAAUGCUUCUUCCAAUGGCAAUAUUGCAGAGGAGAAGGGAAAUGAGAAAACGCGGAAUUACGAUUUGAACGAUCCAUUAAAAGAAGAAUAUUUCGAACUACCUGAUGGAUGUAAAAUUAAUAUAGAUAAGUAUAAGUAUGACAUAGGUGAAUGUUUGUUUAAGAGUAUACCUUUAGAAAAUAAUUUUAAAGGAUUACCGCAGUCCAUAAUAAAUUGCAUUUUAUCGUCCGAUGUUGACAUAAGAAAAGAUUUGUUACAUUCGAUAAUAGUAACAGGAGGUUCUUCUUCUUUCCCUGGAUUGAUAGAACGUUUAUAUAACUCAUUAAAAGAGAAAGAAUGUUUUACUCAAUCCAUUAAAUUAAAAAUUUUAAAUAUGACUUCAUAUGUAGAAAAUAAAUAUUCAUCAUGGUUAGGUGGCUCUAUAUUAGCAAGCCUGGGAACGUUCCAACAGUUGUGGGUAUCAAAGAGGGAAUACCUCGAUUCGGGGCACAAGCUUAUUUUUGAUAGGUGCUUCUGA